AUGGUGUUCUCCCGCUACUUGUGCCUUUUGGCAUGCUUGCCAGGCGUGUUCUCGGCAUCUCUGGUGGACUUCUCCGCCGCUCGUGGGGAUAAUCCCUCUAUGCUUGGCGUCCGCAACAUGCAAGCAGCCCGCGAGGAUGGAUCGACUUCUGUCAAUACUGAUGAACUUUACAUCAAGCUUGGACAAGACCCGAAGGGAGUCCCCGCGUUGCAUUAUCAUCGGGAUAAAGGGUAUAUUCGGGCAGAAUACCACCUGAAGGACAAGUUUACAGCGGAUAAGACAUACUAUUUUGGAUACCAAUUCUCUCUUGCUGAUAUCGAGCAGAGCUUGAUGAUCUGGCAAUUCAAGGAAUACGCUGCCAACAAUCCUACAGACGGCGGUGCUAAUAUCCCACUAUCUCUGGAGUUCAAGAGUGGUCAACUUCACCUGCAAUACCAAUCGUCCUACACCACAAAACGUGAGCACCAAUGGUCCCAGACUCUCAAGACAAAUACGGUGUACUCGUUCGGUAUUGUGAUCAACACAGGGAGCCCAGGAUGGGUCGAGCUAUACUUCAAUGGCAAGAAACAGACUUUCUCUACAUCUGGAACAACUCGGUUGACUGCAAACACUUUCCCUGGCCGAGCUGAGCCGAAGUUCGGUAUCUAUCGGGGCGAGGCUAUCAAGAUUGAUAGCUACGUCUACCGAAUCCAGAUGGGAACAUCAAUUGCAGAUAUUAAGGAGGCCGCUGGAUUGGGUGAAGCACCAACUACCACUACUACUUCCCUGCGAACAACAACCAAAGCAACCACGACUACGGGACCUACUACCACAUGUGCCUGGGAAGGACAUUGUGCAGGUACCAAGUGCACUACCCAUGACGACUGUUCCGAUCCCUGGUACUGCGUAAAUGGAAUCUGCGGCUCCGAGUAG